AAUAUAUCUCCAAUGAAUGUGGAAGAUAUAAGAAAUGAAUUGAAUGAAUUACACAAAAAGCAAGCGGAGAGUCUUACAAAAAGGAAGACCAUUAUUAAAGAGAUUAAGAACUUCUCAUUCUAGUAUUAGUUAUCAAUAUUAAUUAGAAAAUUAGAUCACAAAAGGAUAAAAUUAAAUGAUGGAAAAGAAUAGGUAGUUAUUCUUGUUUUGAUUGUAUAGAAAGUAUUUCAAAUAAAUCUUGUGGGUGCAAAGGAAGAACGUGCAGAAAAGUAAAAGUAGCUUGAUGAACAAGUACCCACUACCCUGAAGGAGAAGGAUAGACGUUUAGCAAAAUCCUUAUUAGGGAAUCAUCUCUAAAGGGCAAAACAAGACUUGAUGGGUGAGAAAUAGAAGGUAUCUCUUUUCUAACCAAAUUAAAUAGUUGGAUAAAUAAAUAGAAAUAAAUAAAAGAUUAGAUGAUAAAGACAAAUAGGAUUUGCAGACUCUCAAGGAAGAUUAAAAUGUAUGUUUUUAGUUUGAUUGAUUUUCAGAAAAAGAAGAGUUAGUUAGUUAAUGAGAGGAAGUAAUUAGAGCGAGAUUUAGCUGCUGAUGAAUAUAAAAGAUAGGUAUUAGAUUAAAAUAUAUUCCAGGUUCUAUUACUUGAACUAUAAAUUAAAAUAAUGAGAGACUUUUUUAUUACCAAGUAAGUUAUUUGAUUUGAUGACCAUUUUAGAACAUAUCCUCAUAUUUUAUGGUAGCCAGCCAAGACCAAUGAGGGUAUGAAUCCUCUUAAAGAAUAUAGUACUGAAAAGUUUAAUGUAAAAUAUUCAUUAGAAGCAAAUUAGGAAAUGGAAAAGGAUUUAAAGGAAAAAUUGUUGAGGGCAUAUACUAAUUUCACUGAAUCGCAAUAUUAAAAGUUGAAGGAAUAAUAAGUUUAAUAGGAGCACGAAAGUUCAUAAUCAGAAAGUGAGGAGUCACAAGAGAAACAGAAGGAAGAAGAAGGGUAAGAAUGAUGAAAAAUUA